UGUGGUCCAAAUCAGGAUUGUGAAAACGGAAAAUGUACUUGUCCUGAUAAUAAAAAAAAUUGUAGUGGUACCUGCACUGACACUCAAACUGACAAUAAAAACUGUGGAUUUUGUGGUCAUCCCUGUGAUUCUAAAGAGAAUUGUGUAGAUGGAAAAUGUUGUCCUAAAAGUGGACCAGAAGGUGGAAGAAAUAAAACAAAUGAAACAAGUGGACCAGUUGAAAAAGGUGGAAGAAAUAAAACAAAUGAAACAAGUGGACCAGUUGAAAAAGGUGGAAGAAAUAAAUCAAAUGAAACAAGUGGACCAGUUGAAAAAGAUGGAAAAAAUAAAAUAAAUGAAACAACUGGACCA